ACAACCCACACGCUAGAAGAAAAACCAAAAAAGGAAAGAGCCAACAUAAAAAAUAAAAAAUAAAAAGAAGAAAGCUUAAUUAAUUAUUAACACUCAACGGUCAACAGCCAAAUACCAAAACAAUAAUGGCUACUACGACUACUGUCAGUGCCUCGGUUUUGUUCCAAAUCGGAACUGGACGCCGCCGCCACGUGAUGACGCCACGUGUCCCCGUGUCCCACCGGCCCCGCAGCACAACCAUCAUGAGCAGCUCCGAGAGCUACGACAGAGCCAACGAGGUGAAACGGUUCGACGAAUCCAAGGUCGGAGUGAAAGGCCUUGUCGACUCUGGCAUCACCACCAUCCCUCCUUUCUUCGUUCACCCACCCGAGACCCUGUCCGACCUCAAACCCGAGACCCGAACCGGGUCCGGAUCCGAAUCCGAAAUCAUUCCCGUCAUCGACCUCUCUGGAGCGGACUCGGGUAGUAAUCGACGGUCAGAUGUCGUCGAUGAGAUCAGACGGGCAGCGUCGACUUUCGGGUUUUUCCAGAUUGUUAAUCAUGGUGUGCCUUUGGAGGUUCUGGACCGUACGAUGGCAUCCAUGAAGGGUUUCCACGAGCAACCAACGGAGAUUAAGGCGCGGGUGUAUCGUAGAGACAUAGGCACCGGUGUAUCUUUCAUGUCCAACGUGGACUUGUAUCAUUCUAAAGCCGCCAGUUGGAGGGACACCAUCCAAAUAAGACUUGGUCCCAAGCUGGCAGACCUUGAUGAAAUCCCUGAGAUAUGUAGGAACGAGGUGAUUGAGUGGGAUCGAGAGAUCAAACAGUUGGGAGAGUGUUUGAUGGGGCUGCUGUGUGAAGGGCUAGGAGUGGAGAAUGGGAGGUUGAAGGACCUGACAUGUUUGGAAGGGAGAGUGGUGGUGGCCCACUACUACCCCUGCUGUCCACAACCUGAUCUAACGGUUGGGCUUGCAUAUCAUACAGAUCCAGGGGUGUUGACGGUUGUGCAACAGGACCAUGUUGGUGGGUUGCAGGUUAAGUAUGGCGGGGGUUGGUUGGAUGUAAAACCUAUCCCUGGAGCUCUUGUUAUAAACAUUGGGGAUUUGCUUCAGAUUAUAUCGAACGAAGAAUACAAAAGUGCAGAGCACCGAGUAUUGGCCAAUUCUUACCAUGAACCAAGAGUGUCAAUGGCAGUUUUCUGCAGCCCAGGAAAUAGAGACGAUGUUUAUGGACCAUUGCCAGAGCUCACAUCACCAGAGAAACCUGCAAUUUACCGGCAGUUCACGUUGACAGACUUCAUGACUAGGUUUUUCAAAAAGGAGUUGGACUGCAAAUCUUUGACAAAUUACUAUAAGAUGUGAAACACAUAGGAAAAAUGGUACGAACAAUGAUAACAUGUAGAUUGUAGAGUAUAUACAUUACAAACUUGUAGGCUAUACCUGAUUGAAAAAAAAAAAAAAAAUGAAACCAUUUGUUUGUCCAAAUUUCAUAUUUUAAAUAGUUAUAGUUUAGCCCCUAGAAUAUGUUUCACUUAAAAUGAAAAAAUUUCAUUUCUUGAUUAA